AGUUGGGCCAAGAUGGCGGCUCCCAUGAGCGACACGUUCUCCUUUUGUAUGGAGGCUGCGAGCCCAGCGCGCCGGAGAGCCCUGGAGGUGCGCUUCAUCAGCAGCAGCAAGGGGAAAGGACUCUUUGCAACAAGAAAUAUACAGAAAGGGGAAACUAUUUUUGUGGAGAAGCCUGUGGUGUCGGCCCAAUUUCUCUGGAAUGCCCUAUAUAAAUACAGAGCCUGUGACCACUGCUUGCGAGCGCUGGAGACCGCGGAAGAAAAUGCGCAACGGUUGCUUGGGAAGUUUCAGGCCUUGCCUCAUCCGGAGCAGUGUGGGAUCCACAAGGAACAACAUCAGCACUGUCCCAGUUGCCAGGUGACGUAUUGCAGUGCUGAGUGCCGGCAGGUUGCAUGGGAACAGUACCAUCAGGUCCUGUGCCUGGGACCCUCCAGGCAGGACCCUAAUCACCCUCUCAACAAACUGCAAGAGGCGUGGAGGAACAUCCAUUACCCUCCAGAGACUUCGAGCAUCAUGUUGAUGGCCAGGAUGGUGGCUACCGUCAAGCAGGCUAAAGACAAAGACUGGUGGAUCAAGCUCUUUUCUCAGUUCUGCAGUAAAACCGCCAACGAGGAAGAGGAAAUUGUCCACAAACUCCUGGGAGACAAGUUUAAGGGCCAGCUCGAAGUCUUGCGUGUGCUGUUCAUGGAAGCCCUUUACGACGACCAUCUUGGCAGGUGGUUUUCACCCGAAGGCUUCCGGUCGCUGUUCGCCCUGGUCGGUACCAAUGGCCAAGGCAUAGGCACAAGUUCCCUGAGCCAAUGGGUGCACGGCUGCGACGCCUUGGAGCUCCCAGCUCAGGAGCGAGAGCAGCUGGACGCCUUCAUCGACCAGCUCUACAAGGACAUCGAGAAAGAGACGGGGGAGUUCCUGAAUUGCGAAGGCUCGGGUCUCUACAUGCUGCAGAGUUGUUGUAACCACAGCUGCAUUCCCAAUGCUGAGGCCUCGUUCCCAGAUAACAAUUUUCUCCUGCACCUGACGGCCUUGGAAGACAUCAGGCCGGGAGAGGAAAUCUGCAUCAGCUACUUAGACUGUUGCCAACGGGAACGGAGCCGGCACAGCCGGCAUAAGACACUCCGGGAAAACUACCUGUUCGUCUGCUCCUGCCCCAAGUGCCUGGCUCAAGCCGACGAUCCGGACGUGACAUCAGAAGAGGACGAGGAGGAGGAAGAGGAAGAAGCCGACGGGGAGCCAGAGGAUGCCGAGCUGGAGGACGAGAUGACGGAUGUUUGAUCCUGGG